GUUCUCUUUUUAUUUCUCUCCAGACCACAUUGAUGAAUAAAAAUUUUAUAUAACUUUUAAUUUAAUUAAGAAAACUUUUGAUCAAAAUGUGUGAAAACUAUAAAGUAGUAAGCAAGAUUGGACAAGGAGGAUUUGGAAAAGUGUUUUUGGUUCAAAAUUCACGCAAAGAAAAUCUGGUUAUUAAAAGCAUCCCAUUGAAAGAAUUUACUCAUUAUGUUAACAAUGAGUUGGAAAUUUUGAAGACUUUGGAUCAUCCAAGGGUUAUUAAAUUUAUCGAGUUCUUUGCGUCUCAAAAAGACUAUAAUUUUGUCAUGGAAUAUGCUGAAAAUGGAACAUUAAGGACACUUAUUAAUAGGUAUCAAGAAAGUCGAUGGAGAUUGACAAAAAAUGAUCUAGCCGAAAUAUUUAUGGACAUAGCUUAUGGCUUGAGAUUUCUUCAUUCCAAAAACAUAAUUCAUCGAGACGUUAAGCCAGAAAAUAUUUUAAUGACUUUAGAUUAUAGAGUCAAACUAGCUGAUUUUGGAAUAAGCAAGAUUGUUGGUGACAGCUAUGCUCAAGCUCAUACAUCCAUUGGAUCUUUAGUUUAUAUGAGUCCAGAAGUUUAUCUACAUCUUCCGUAUGACAAAAAAUGUGAUAUUUGGGCCCUUGGAUUAAUAUUUUAUGAAAUGGCAAUGAUGAAACAUCCGUUUAGUAAAAGUGAACGAGCUCGCAUCUUGAAUCCACUCUUGACUUACCAGUGUCCAAAAGUUGAUUGGAUUGGUCGUAAAUAUGAUCCAAACUAUCAACAAGCUUUAGAAAUGAUGUUGCAACGGGAUCCAGAAAAGCGCAAGGAUAUUAACAUUAUCUGUGCAUUUCCGUUAUUUGAUAGAAUGUUUAGCUUUUUGGAAAAUGAAUGUGCUUUGUACGAAUUGAAAAAGAAGAUUGAUGCUGCUAGGAAUUUGGGACGAAAUUGAAUUUUAUUUGCUCCGUUAAAGAAGCUUAAGCUGUCAUAUUUGUAAUAUUUUGAGUAGAUCUUCCAUUUUUAAAAACAAUUAAUCUUAGUAAAUUUUAACAAACAUUAUAUUUUAAGUUAUGAAUCAAUAAAAAUUACGACUAUAUGCAUGGAAACGAA